AUGGGGGGCAUGGAGGACGACAUGCCAGAAGGUAUGGCUAUGGCCGCCAUUCCGAGGUUGCCUCAGCUGCUAGCGGGCAGCAAUAUGGGUAUGUGGAACUGGAGGAGCGCCGUAUUGCACCCCCUGGAGGAAGAGGGGAAAUACCAAGUUUUGUGCGUCGAGGGAGGAAAGGAAGAGGGCGAGGUGGCGGAGAUGGCAGCGACUAUGUCUACCACAGAGCCACUGCCCCCGUUUGCCACCGAGAUAGUGCGGUCACACCGUGUCAUCUGGGAAUAUCGGUUCCCGCAGACCCCAUUCUUCCUUGGAUGUGGUCCUUUUAAGGUGCCGCUCACGCUCGAACAGAAGCAAAAGUCGGUUCCCUCUCAGUCCAUGACGGCGGCUGUCAUGGGGGCUAGGGCUUUGUUUGGCACCGAGAUAAGCCUAAACGGGCGCCUCUCCGUAAAGACUAUGGACUCUGGGAACCGCUCAGGCAAAGAAAGGGCAUCGUCGUCUUUCUUCCUGCGCGAAUCGAGCAGCAUCCCGCUCGGCGCCGCAGCCGUCGAACCCAAAGUAACUCGCCAGUGCGCCAGGCAAUUAAGACGCCGAACCGUGGUCAGGGGCUGCGGCAUCAUCCGGCAUCGGGUGCUCUACGUGAUGCUUGUGGCGCGGCCGGGGAUGACCGGACCUUCGCCACCGAACAUGAGCUCGCUGCCCCUGCCGGGGGCGAAGAUGGCUGCUGUACCAAGUAGUCGAGCCCAUGCUCGCGGUAAAAGGAGCCCCGGCGCGUGGGAUGUUGGUGCCACCGACCUGGACCGACAUGUGAAGGCGGCCGGCGGCGGCGACACCCCUGAGAUUGGACACAGGUGUGGCGACCGGACGUUGGCGGCAUGGACGACGUGGGUGGCCGUAGUGUCGCCGCGAGGGAUCGAGACGAUGUACUUAUCACCGCCGGCCGAGGCGACCAUUUGA